AUGCGCUCCGCCAGGGCAGUCGCCCACGACACCUCGGCGGGAACCAUCCGCGUCAACGCCGUAGAGCUCGAGAACAAGCGCCUCAUCGAGAGAGGCAAAGUCACCGUCCUCCGCCGCCGCCGCCUCUCCACCAAAUGCCGCCACGCCCGUCACCGCUCCUCCUCCUCCUCCGCCGCCUCUCCACCGGGCCCGCCUCACCACCGCGACCACCCCAACCUCGCCGCGCUGCUGGACGUCCUCACCUCACCGCCGCCGUCCUCCACUACUCCGCUCCCCCACGCGCUCUCCCGCGCCUUCCCUUCCCCCUCCGACGCCUUCCCCCUCCGCACGCUGCCCCGCCUCCUCCCGCUGCUCCCCUCCCCGCUCCUCUCCCUCCGCUUCCUCCUAUGGCGCCUGGCCCCCUCCACGCCGCUCCCCUCCCCGCACGCUCUCUCCUCGCUCGCCACCUCCCUACCCGACCUCUCCUCCUCCGUACCGCUCCUCCUCUCUUCCUCCCCUCGGCCGCUCCCGCUCCCGCACUACACCCUCCUGCUCAGCAUCUCCGCCCACGCCGGCCUCUUCGCCGCCUCCCUCGCCGUCCUGCGCCACAUGCGGUCCUUCAGCCUCGUCCCCGACGCCGCCUGCUUCCACCACGCCCUCCGCGCGGCGGGCUCCGCCAGCGACGUGUCCACCGUGCUUGAGAUCAUGUCCGGGUCCGGCGCCUCUCCGACCGUGCCCGUGAUCGUGACCGCGGUGCAUAAGCUGGCGGCCUAUGGGAACUUCGAGGGCGCCCGCCGCCUGAUCGACAAAAUGCCGGAUUUCGGGUGCGUGCCCAAUGUCGUUGUUUACACCGCGUUGCUCGAUGGGAUGUGCAGUUUCGGGAACGUCGAUGGCGCGGUGAAGCUGAUUGAGGAGAUGGAGGGUAGUGGGUUGGGUCCGAAUUGUGCACCCAACGUGGUGACCUAUACAUGUUUGGUGAAGUGCCUCUGUGGGGAAGGGAGGGUGGCGGAGGCGCUUGGCGUGCCGGAUAGGAUGUCAGAUAGAGGGGUGAUGCCGAACCGGGUCUUUGUGCGGACACUGGUCGAAGGGGUUUGCACGGAGCGGAGGGUGGCUGACGCAUAUGAUGUGGUUGAGCGUGUGGUUGGUGAUGGGGGUGUGUCGAGCGGGCAGUGCUACAAUGUUCUACUCAUUUGCUUGUGGAGGGUUGGCAUGGCAGCUGAAGCUGAAGGACUGGCGCAAAGGAUGAUGAAGAAAGGGGUGCAGUUGACCCCGCUUGCUGGCAGUUCGAUGGUGAGGGAGCUCUGUGUGAGGAAGAGGUUGCUGGAUGCUUGCCACUGGUUGGGAAUGCUGGAGGAGAACGGCGUGCUGUGUGACUCUAAUGUGUAUGGAACUCUGUUGCUUGGUCUGUGUGAGGAAGGGCAUGUCCAUGAGGCAUCAGCAUUGGGGAGGAAGGUUGUCAAGAGGGAGAUCCACAUAGAAGCAUCUUAUGCUGAACGUUUAGUGGAGUUGCUGAAGCAAUUUGGUGAUGAGGAGCUAGCAUCUCUUUUAUUAGGAUUGAAACGGUGCCAUGGAGAGUUGUCAUUUUAAGCAAUGCAUGAUUCUGCCCAGCUUCCGUGCAUGAAGAACGUCAUAUGUUUAGUCGUGGGGUGUGCCAUGAAUAGUGAUUCACCGCCUUGUUGGGAAUUUGCCUGAGAACAGAUUCAGCAAAAUGGCUUACGCAGUCAAAAUGCUUCAUAUUGGUAUUGACUGUUGCUGAAUACAGCAUGGAGCAGAAUUCAACCAAAGUGCCACUGUACUACUUACUUCUGUUGAAUGAAUUUGCAGAAGGACAUGAUGCACAUCCAAAGGAAACUUGCAUGUAAACUACCAUUUUGAUCACUUCUCAGGUACAUCACCCUGUCUUCCAGGCUGAUUAUAUGCUUGGACAAGUGCUGUACCUGUCAGCCAAACACGUUAGAUCUUUUUCAUUUACUAUUAAUCCUAGGAAGUUUUGUACAAAGGAGCUAAAGUUAUUUUACAUGAUACGUGCCCAUAGGCACCUACUCUGAUAUGUCCUGACAUUUUCAAGUUAAUCUCAGUUUUUGUUGUACCCUUUUCUAAAGGAACAGAUAAGAGAGUUUACUUUCUCUUUUUUAUUUUGCAAUUUGUUCGUUAGUCUUCUUUAUGAUUUAUUAAAUUCAAGGACAUUGUGUACAACAAAAAGAUCAUGGUGAUUUCUCCUGUCAUAAUUUCUAUAAUAUUCAAGCAUAACCAUAGCUUGUUGAGGAUUUAUUUCUCCAUUGUCUA